AUGACUAAAGUCGAAAAAGUGUCGUUUGAGGAAGCUCUUAGUUCAACAGGUUUUGGUAAGUUCAAUGUAUGCACGUUCCUGCUAUGCAGCACCGUUAUAAUGGGAACGGCUACCGAGAUCCUGUCGGUGGCCUACUUGGUACCAGCUAGCGCAUGUGAGCUGCUUACUACUAAUACACAACAAGGACUGAUGGCUGCUUUCCCUCUGUUGGGCAUUGUCGUAACGUCACAUUUCUGGGGUUAUCAGGCGGAUACUCGAGGUAGAAAAAAGGUGAUGUUGGCUGCUAUGAUAGCCAGCUCAAUCACUAGCAUCUUGUCCUCUUUCUCUCCCGAUUGGAUCACUUUUACCGUUUUUAAAUUUCUAUCUUCAGGCUGUGUAGCAGGAGCUCUCGCCAUCGUGUUGACACUACUCAGCGAAUGUACGCCAGCAGCAAAAAGAGCUCUUUUUAUCAUGUUUUCUUCUUCUGUGUUCCUCAGCUCUAACAGCAUUAUAGCAAUCAUCGCUAUCCCAGUGCUCCAGCUGAAGUUCUCUUACUACAUCCCGUUUCUCAAUAUCCAGUUCUGUUCCUGGAGAGCUUUGUGUUUGAUCAUCAGUAGUUCCUGUGUUCUGGGCUUGAUCGGUGUCUGUUUUCUGUAUGAGAGUCCAAAGUACCUUAUUAGCGUAGGCGAGGAAGAAAAAGCUUUGAAGAUUAUGCAAAAUAUAUUUGUUAUUAAUAAAAAUAAGAGCAAGGAGGAAUAUCCCGUAAAAUCAAUGUUUCUAGACGAGUCGACUGGAGCACAUGUUUCUAAAGGCUUUUUCUCUUCGAUAUUGGAUCAAACAAUACCAUUGUUCAAACAUCCUCUAUUAAAUAAAACAAUAUUGCUUUCUGUUCUUCUAAUUAUGCUUUUAAUGAGCAUUCAGCCUUAUCUGGUCUGGUUCCCAUACAUGAUAGAUGGUUUCAUGAAAUCUGUGCAGACGGGUGAAGAAAACUUGACCUUUUGUCAAAGAUUGAGAGCUUCCCAAAAUGCUACUGAAACUAUGGAGGUGAGUGACUGUUCCAUCAACAAGUUCGCUCUGACAAUAGUGUUCGGUGUUGGUAUCCUGCUUUCCGUCAUCAACAUCAUCCUGUCUACGUUGGUCAAGUACAUUGGGAGGAAACGAUUGAUCAUUAUCAUCCAAUUCGUCGCCGGGUUGGGUGCCGUAUGCCUUAAUUUCAGCACGCAGUGGAUUCUCAGCGGGUUUCUUAUCAUCGUGUUCAUUGCAGGGAUGAUUAACUUCGGGAUGAUCACCAGCGUCAGCGUCGAUCUUUUCCCAACUCACGUCAAAGCAAUGGCAGUGUCCUUCACGCUGAUGGUGGGUCGAGCCAGUGUUGUGGUUGGCAUCAAUGUACUGAAACAGUUGCUGCAUGUAAACUGCGAAGCUUCGUUCUAUAUGUUCGGUGCCAUAACAUUACUUUGUGGAGUUGUUUGCUUCUUGUUGCCGAGAGACGCGAAACCGCCUUCAAAUAAAUGUACUGAAACUUGA